AUGCCCCUCCCAAAGCUCAGUCCCCUCCAAUCGCGGCUUGCAGCAUCGCUCAUUGCAUCGAUGAUUUUGCUGUUAUUCUACCUCUUGUUCACAGUUCCGAGUUUCGCAUAUGCCACCGACGUAGAUUGGAUACAGCCGGAAGAUCACAACCACGAGCAAUUAGUGGACUUUCCCCUCCUGGAUGACAUCGACGGGCUGGAGUUGAGAGAGGCGGAAUACGAGUCGGAGUUCUUUGGGAUUGAUAGAUCUAUUAUUGGGAGAGCUACCACGCAACCUACGGGCUUGGUGAACAACCGGAUUGAAGCUACGAAUGUUCAGCUGGGACAGAGCUUCUAUUAUGUGUUUACGAAUGCUUCACUUUGGGGGGAAAAGUCUCCAGCAACACCCGGCCUGCCAUCCCAAAUAACCCUUCACAAGCGGCAGCUUUUACGAUCAGACGAUCCCAUAUUCCGACUCAACAGCAUGGAAGGGCAAUAUGGGGAGGAAUCCGAGUUGAGUCGCAGGCAGAGCACGACAGUAACGGAGACCAACAGGACGUUAUACAUCACUGUAACGACUUGCGAUCAGCCUACAUCGGAUACUACUACGGAUCCCCCGCCGCAGCUUCAAUUAUACGUGUCUCAGUCCGCGAAUAAUACAAACCCUGGGCCCGAUCAGGAUACGAGUCUCCAAGAGCUCAUUAUACUAGAAGGAGGGUAUGCUCUGCAUGAAGUAAAUGCUACUGGCGACGUUUACAUGAGCAUAUACGCGCCGAAUGCGACCGAGUACUCUUCCGGAGUUUAUAGUGCCCAGAUCGCUGCCUCAAUCGAUGCGCCGUUCCACACAUACUGGAAUAGCUCGGAUCCUAACCUUUUUCUCGUUGAUAGUGAUGACUUCUCUGCACUGCUUUUUACCGACCCUUUCAUCACUGAUGCUACGAACACGACCUUGCUCGCUGAAUGGAUGGAUCAUGCUCCUCCGUACGUUAUAUUUGCAAGCGAUGCAACGGAUACAUCGUUGAAGGGUCUUGAGCGGUCGUAUUGCGGUCUCAAAACCAAAGCGCAGGUUCAGGAGAGCAGACCAGGACAGACGGUUAGCACUAUUGUGACUGGGAUGACCUCCAUAGGGAACUUGACUCUUCCGAGACAGCAAUUCUUCGUCAACGGGCUGGGAGCCGGCAAGUCAUACAAUGUCAUGCUAGCUAUGGAUGGGAACUCAACGAAUUCAGGCAACUUUGUGGUUGGUGGUGGAGGUCAAGUUUUCAAACAGACAACGUUUGAAAUGCUUCAAGACGGAAACUGUGCUGUGAUAUACGAUCUCUCAUUCUGUGAUCAGACAGCAUACUCUGUACCCUCGAAUCCCAACGUGUUCCCCAACAUGAGUGCCCUAGCUGCGUUUUAUGACAACGCAACCCAAGCCAGUUUCGCAAACUUUGAAAAAGUUCUGGCACAAAUACCUUGCGAGACCACACCCUCUGCUCAGUACUCGCUUGCAAGAAAUUGCGACGAUUGCAGAGAGGCAUACAAGUUGUGGCUCUGUGCAGUGAGCAUUCCACGCUGUACAGAUUUUACCAAGGAAAAAGAAUGGCUGCAGCGAAGAGCAAUGGGACAGCCCUUCCCAAACGGCACCUUCCUGCCUGUUCGAGACCUAGAAAUCGCGAAACAGACAGCUGCAAUCAACAUUUCCCGCAAUGCUCUGAUUGAUGAAAAACUAGUACCGGGUCCAUAUAACGAAGUCCUACCCUGUGAUGAGUUAUGCUUCAACCUGGUGCGCAGUUGCCCAGCGAUAAUGGGCUUCAACUGUCCGCAACUCGGCGACAUUGGUUUUGCUGAGAGCUAUGGUGUAUAUCCACAGUUCCCUGGCGAUGACAGCGGCCGCAUCUCGAACAUUACUUGUAAUUCUCCUGGGAUAAUAUACUUCAAGUCGACUGGUCGUCAGGUACUACCUUCGAUGAUGUUCGUGGCUUUGACUUUGGUGCUGGGACUUUGUUUCAUAUGA